UAUUGCCUCAAUUACUGCAGCCGACGGAGUGUUCCAGGGGAGGCCAGAGCCCCCCGGCAAUGGCGUCGUUUGGCGGCCGCGGCGGCGGCGCCCGCAAGAACCUAAGGGUGCUGCUUCCUUUCACCUGCGACAGUCUGCGCAUCGCUGACGAGCUCGCCGAGGAAAUCGGCGCCGGGGAGGCCCACGUCGUCGGCCCGCCCGGCACCGGCAGGGAGGUCUGGCCCGUCGAGGUUGGGUGGGACGGCGACGGCGCGUUCUUGGGGCGCAGGUGGCCGGAGUUCGCGGGCGCGUGCGGCGUCGAAGGUGGGUGGUUAUUGGUCGUCCGGCACCAUGGCCGCGGCUUGCUCACGGUGAAGGCCUUCGACAGAAGCUGCUGCCUCCGGGAGAUCGGCGCUCCACCUGCAGUUGGAGCAACCCCGAGCAGCAAAGGUUCCCUCCAUAAGCCACAGUUUAUAAGCGUGCUUCAACCAGAAUCCUUGGAAAAGAUGUUAAUACCUGCUCAGAUUCGGCAACAUUGCAUCCCUGAGAACCUGAACAGUUGCAUGACUAUUGUUCUCAGACCCCCUGGCAAAAUAGCUCAAAUUGAGCUCAAGAUGGAUGAUCAGUCAGACCUGUUCUUAACAGGUGGUUGGUCGCAGUUUCUGGCGUCUCAUGGCAUUACUGAUGCUAAUGCUUUGCUGUUAAAGUACGAAGGCAACAUGGUGUGGACUGUCAAAGUCUUUGAGCAUGAUGGAUGCCAGAGAGGGUCCAGAAACAAAGACAUCAGAAUGCAACAAGAUAUGGAAGAGCAGCCAUCAUCUGCUUGCACACAUAGAUGUUGCAGGGACAGAGAAAAGAAACCAAAAGGGCCUAUGACUCGUUUGAACAAGGCAACAUUACUGAUGAAAUCUGUCUAUGAGAUUGGACCUCCAUCAUGGAUAAAGAAGCAGAUCAAUGCCAACACACUUAAGGAACUUGCUUUGGCAACAUCUUUCUGUGAUGUGAUCGGGUUGCGGAAACCUUGCAUGAUUACUCUAAAGACCUCAAUGAUCAGUACGGAGUCUUGGCAGGUGUGUGGUCUUCCACGCAAGAAUAAGAGCUACAUGCUUAGGCAGGGUUGGACGACGUUCUGCAAGGAGAAUAAUCUCAUGGAAGGUGACAUCUGCACCUUCAAUAUCAUUGAAACCACAUCGUGGCAUGUCAUUAUCACGUGGUAUAAGGAGGAAAUGAUAAAUCAGUUAUUCUGUGAAUCUGUUUCCGCUUCUAAGCGUAAGAGCGAGAAUGACAGAUCAAGUAGUGAAGAGAAAAUGAGGCUGAAAUGCUCCAUGACUUCUCUGAACAAGGCAUCAUCGAAAACAUCUGCCUUUGAGAUGGGGCCACCAGCUUGGAUAAAGGGUAUUAAUGGCAGCUCGAUUCAAAAACAGUUUAAGCGUAAGAGCAAGAGCCAAAGGUCAAGUAAUAAAGAACAAAAGAGACGAAAAAGCUACAAGACUUCUUUGAACAAGGAAUCAACUAUGACAAAGUGUGUCUUUGAGAUUGGGCCAUCAGCUUGGAUAAAGAAGGAGAUGAACGACAGCACAAUAGAAAGGCAGUUUUGUUUGCCAUUGUCCUGCAAGGUGAUUGGACUACGGAAACCUUGCAUGAUCACACUCAAAACCUCUCCGAGUAGCACUAGCACCUCAUCUUGGUUGGUGUCUCUUCAUCCCUACCAGAAUUGCAGCCAGCUGAUUGGAUCAGGUUGGAAGACAUUCUGCUAUGAGAACAAGAUCAGGGUGGGAGAUGUCUGCACUUUCAAAAUCGUUGAAACUACCCAGUGGGAUGUCAUCAUCGAGUGCCGAUAAGCUAGGCCUAGGUAGUAUCACCAGUUCACCUAUAUGAUGGUGUCUGUUAUUUGAAAACACUAGAUGCGACUGCUGUUCUCAUGGAAUACACAAGGUUAUCAGUAAGUUGGCUUAUUUGGGUGGGAUCUUUUGGUUUCUGGCUGCGCCAAAGUUGCGAGAUAGCUCUAGCAAUUGCACAUUUGCACCAGAUCCAGGCUUCUAUAUGCCACCAGAACAUUCAGUUAUUGGUCGUAUAAAGUACUAUUAGUCCAAGAAAAUCUGAAUCCAAGCUCUGCCUCAGUGACAAGAUUUUGAGCUACUAUCCAGUGUAUUGUUUAUGAGUAUAUGACUAUCCUAACUUUAACA